UCUGGCUCGCGCAGAGCUGCGCUUGGGCUCACCCACAGGGACCAGAACGUAGGGGGUAUCACUCAGGGCAGCGCCCGGAAAACAAACAAACAAACAAACAAACAAUCAAUCAAUGGCCGGGGCUCGUUGCCCGGAGGCUCGGGGUAAGAGUCGAGUCGGGCGUGUGACUGGCGUCCUGGCCAGCUGUGUGCGUGAGGUCUGGGAAAGGUGUCGUGAGCUGCUCCGGCGGCCCGGUGGUAUCGCCCGGAGCGCAGCGGGCGUUCGUUGGGGCGGGCUGUUCGAAGCGACGGCUCCAGAGCGGAGAUCGCGCGGGUUCCGAGCUUACCGCGGCCUGAGGGGACGGGGUAGCAGAAAAUCACUCCAAGGAGAAUCUACACGACAUGAAUCUCCACCAGAUCUGAAAGCUGAACUUGAUUGUUUAGAAUCUGACCUCUCUUUUUUAAUGAAAUUCACUGGCAUUUGGUUCACAAAUUACUCCAAGGAAACAGUGGAAAAAACUGAAAACAAAACUAUACAGAAACACAGAUUAUCAGGAAAUUGCUAUUCGCUGCCUUUUCAGAUGGAAUUUCAACUUCUAGAAAUACAGAGUAAUGAAAGCAUAUCUGCUGCUGUUACCGACCUUAGCAUUAUAAUGGAAUGUGGUGAAUAUUCGGAUUUAAGCAAGUUUGUGUCCAGUGCCGAAGAACAAGGAAACCUUUUGCUAUUUUUCAGAAGCUUUUCAUCCUUUGCUGAGUGGUGUGAACAUCGCAAAUGCACCUUCAAGCAUUUCAAGGCCAAAUAUCCUGAUAUUGUAACACUUCCUGAAGGACCAUCUGGAGAUUACCUGGUUAUAAGGAGCCCUGAACUUUCUGGGUUUGAGUUAAUGAUUGUUUGGAAAAUAUAUGUGGAUGAAGAAGGGAGAGUUACACCUGUCCUGGAUCUUCUGCCUAGAAUACCAGUGCAAGCUGUGCAGAAUAAGCAAGCAGCUGUUGAAAAUGGACCCCAGUGCUUCAGAAAUAUGCUCCUUUUACUGGGGAUUGAGGCCUCCAUUGAAAGUCUGAUCAAAUCAGUUGGCAUGAAGAAAUGAAUACCCCUUACA